AUGGAUUUUGGUGCUUCAUUUCAUGCUACUCACAGCAGUGAAGCACUGCAUAAUCUGAUAGAAGGUGACUUUCGAAAGGUAAAAUUAGUGAGUGAUAAGAUACUUGAUGUUACGGGCAUGGGUGACAUUGUUUUGAAGACUUCGGUCGGCUCACGGACUUUAGAAGAUGGCAUGGUUAUUCCAAGUUUGAAGAGGUACGAGGCGUCUGCUGACUUCUAUAAUAACCCAAAUGUUAACGAGGAUGGGACUGGUGGUGGCUUUUCAAUUUGUGGCAAUGUGUCAGCAUCUCAACCCUUAUCAAGUUAUACUCAAAUUGUAGAUGAUCUUUUAUCAGACAUUAGAGAUGCUACUCCAAAAACAUCUAAUUCAUAUGUAGCAAGUCUAAGGCGAAUCACGUACGAAAAUGCAACGGUGUAUGCUAUUACACAAUGUGCUGAAAACAUAAACCAAGACAUUUGCCAAGGAUGCAUGAAUACAGCGUACAACAAAUUAAAAGAAUGCCUUCCAAAUACAGAGGGGAAGUAUUUCGACAAUGCAUGUUUUGCAAGGUAUUCAGAGACUCCAUUAUUCAAUGACAACCAGACAAUAGAUAUAACAAAUAUUCUAAAAGGCGUUCAUUCAAACAAGGUAGCCAUAAUUGUUGGAGCCAUUGGUGGUUUAGUUCUCUUGUUCCUUAUAUUUGUUUUAUGCUUAUUUCGCGGACGGAAGAACUCCAAGAAGGCUGGACAAGUAAAUACUGAUAUCAUCUAUUCAUAUAUGGAACAUGCUUUGAACGAAGAGGAUUUAAAGGGAACACUAAACUAUGAUUAUAAGGAUCUGCAGUUGGCAACUAAUAAUUUUAGCAAAGAAAAUAUUCUAGGGAAAGGAGGUUUCGGUGAAGUGUACAAGGCAAUCAUUGAUGAUAAGAAUGUUGUGGCGGUGAAAAAACUUCAUGUACAAGAUGUUAGAGCAAAAGAAGAAUUCGAGAAUGAAGUUAAGCUUAUAAGUAACAUUCAUCAUCGAAAUCUUCUUCGUCUCCUUGGAUGGUCAAGUGAAGGAUCUGAUCUAUUUCUGGUCCUCGAAUAUAUGGCUAAUUCAAGCCUUGACCAAUUCCUAUGGGGCGCAAAAAAUGGGACUUUGGACUGGAACCAACGAUAUGAAAUAAUAUUGGGGAUAGCUAAAGGUCUUACUCAUCUACACAGUGAAUGCCAUGUAAAAAUCAUUCACAGAGAUAUUAAAUCAAGCAACAUUCUCCUCAGUGAUGAUUUUAAAGCCAAAAUAGCAGAUUUUGGGUUGGCAAUGUUUCAACCAGAAGAUGAAACUCAUGUUAACACCAAGUUUGCGGGGACAUUGGGAUAUGCAGCACCGGAGUACGUACUUCAUGGUGCUUUAUCAAAUAAGGUUGAUACUUACAACUUUGGUAUCGUGAUUCUUGAAAUUAUUAGUGGCCGAAGGUCUACUGACGUAAACUCUGAUAGGCCAUCCAUGGAAUACCUCCUUGAACAUGUGAGAUGCCAACUUUAA